AUGGCGUCGAGGCAGACCGCCGGAAAGGAAGAGAAGGCCGAUGCCGCAGCCGACGAGCUCCACCAUGCCAACCGUGAAAGGAGGGAGGGGGAAGACGUCGAGACAGCGGAGCCCACAGCGGCGCACGCCUACGGUGGAGGUGGAGCCCACGAGGAAAAACCCCAGCCCGGCGUGAUCGGCAGCAUAAUUUGCACCGUCCAGGGAGCCAAGGACGCCGUCGUGGGAAAAUCCCGCAACGACGUCGGCGACACGGCGGCGGAGAUGAAGGACGCCGCCUCCGAGCACAAGGACCGCGAGGCGGAGAAGACCAAGGGAGGGCUGGGGUACGCAGCUGACAAGGCGAGGCAGGCGAAGGACGCCGCCGCGGCGGAGAAGGCUGCGGGGUUGAAGGACGCGGCGGCGGGGAAGGUGGCGGAGGUGAAGGACACGGCGGCGGGGGCCGCCAGGCGGGCGGUGGAUUACUUGACGGGGAAGACUGCUACUGCGAGUGCGGGGGCAGCUAAGGUUAAUAAUAGCCGUUUGUGA